AUGGCCGGGGCGCGCGGCGGGCGGGCGGGGCCGGCGGUGGCGGCGCGGCUGCUCCGCCUGGAGGCGCGGCUGGCGCGGGCGGAGCGGCAGCUGCGGGCGGCGCUGGCGCUGCGCGGCCGCCUCGAGGCGCUGGAGCGGCGCCUGGGGGAGCGCGGCGGCGGUGGCGGCGGCCCCCCCGGGGGCCCGGGCGCGGGGCCGGUGAGCCUGGAGGACGUGUGGGUGCACUUCAGCGAGCGCGAGUGGCGGGCGCUGCGCGGCUGGCAGCGGGCCCUGCACCGCGCCGUCAUGAGGAGCAACUACGACCUGCUGCUCUCCCUCGACCAGGCCGAGCCCGCGCCGGGACCCCGCGCCCGCCGGCGACACCGGGACCUCCCACCCGAGGGCCGCGAGCGCCGCGACGAGCAUCCAGUUUAUACAGAAGACAAUUUAAUUGACAUUAAGCAAGAGGAAGAGCUGUGUGCUGCAGAUCUGCAGGAUGUGGAGGGUACAGAAGCUGCUGAAGAGCCCUGCCUAGUGGAGCAAGCAUUUUAUGGGCCUGACGCUUCAAGUCAGACCAAGAAAGGCCAAGAAGUUCAUGUCAGGGAGCUGCCAGAUGCAGAGGGUGAAGACCCCCCUGGAGACCCUUACGCAGGGUUUCAGACUUGUACAACUGAUGUUUUGUCUUGGAUUAAACAAGAGGAGGAGCCCUACCUCCAUGAACGACAAGACUUGGAGGAAGAAGAAAUGUCUGCAGAUCCCAGUACAGUGAAUGAUGAAAACACAAGGAGUAAUCCUCAGGCAGAUUGUUUUGAAAGCACCGUGUGUGACUCUGAUGUACCGGGAACACCUGGAGAGAAGGCUUCCAAGGAUCCCAGCCCUGGAGUGACAUGGGACAGUCAGUGGAAUUCAGAAAUCAUGGAAGCAGCCACCACCGGGAACAACACUGGGGAUUACACUCGCAGUGACCAGCGGUUUGGUGAGCACUCAGAUUUCGUCAGCACUCAGGAAAACAAUGUUGGAGAGAGACCACAUGCAUCCAACAAAUGUGAGAGGAGCUCUAGCCAGCAAGGGCAUCUUCAGACCCCCCAGGGAGCCCAAGGAGGGGGGAUGUUUCCAGGCCCCACGUCUGAGGACGGUCUCGGCGACAGGGUGUUCCAUACGCCGCGCUCGCACCCACGAGCUCCAGGCACAGCCAGGCUCAGUGACCACAGCGGCCUUCGUGGAGGGGAUCAGCCACCUGCAUGCACAGAAAGUGGGGAGAACAUCUCUGCUGAAAACCCGUUAACCAGCCCCUGCCGGGACCACCCCGGGGACAAGUCAGACGCGUGUGCCACGUGUGGGCAGCACUGCCCGCCCCGGGGCAGCUUGGCAAGCCAGCAGCAGAGCCAGGGGAAAGGGAAGUCCUACAUAUGCAGCGACUGUGGGAAAAGCUUCAUUUGCUAUUCCUGGCUUGUCAGACACCAGAUGACUCACACAGGAGAGAGGCCGUACAAGUGCUCUGAGUGUGACAAAAGCUACAGGAGAAAGGAUUAUCUUCUGAAGCACCAGCGCCGGCAUUCGGGAGAAAGGCUGUUCCAGUGCCACCUGUGCAGGAAAGGGUUUGUGCUCAGGAAGAGUCUCCUUAAGCAUCAGGAAAGUCACGUGCAAGAAACACAGGUAACUUUAGCCAGCUGGCAUGGCGCAGACAUCAGGGGAUCUGUGACGCCCUCCGUGUAGCGAAGCCUGUCCAGCCGCGGGUUUCACAGGCUGUUCGGAUAUCGCCCGUGCUGGGCGGGAAGGCAGGAUAGCAGCAGGAUCGCCCAGCUCUGGGCUGGACCGUGGCAGGAGGAGGGUGUUGAACAGCCGUUCAAUCCCCCUCCAAGGGAAGGGGAGAACACUGGAUAUUUGUCUUUGCAGGCUGCUUUGAAGCAGUCCAUGGAGCUGUUCUGCAGCUUCUGCUGGUGACUCUAUCUGUCGCUAUUUGAGACAUAUUACUGCCAGCAGUGAAUCUGCUCAGGGGAGAAAUCAGAUCGAUGAAACUACUGGGAAAGCUUCAGGCUAGAGAAUAUCUGAAAGGUUUCCCCUAGGCUUCUUGGAGCCGAGUUGAGAGCAGAGACCAGGCCCCUUGGUCUAAAAACAAAUGAGUUAAAGUUACUAAUUAUCCACUAAACAAGUGAAGCAGUGCCAGGAAACACCCACUAGUGUGAAAUGCUUAGGAAAAGCAAGUGUUAACCCUGUGGUUGGAAGAGCCACUUGGACCAUUUAAGGGAAGCCUCCAGAGCAAGUAGCAAGUGGAUAGCAGGUAGCAGAGUUUGAGAGGUAGCUUGUUCCUACAGGUAAACCAGAGGAGCUCUGGGGGUUCGGUACUGCUGAACCUCGCCUCAGCUGAAGGGAGGCAGAGAGGAUCCUGAAGGUGGGGGGCUGACCUGCCUAAUGUGUUGUAAAAUGACCAGAAAGCCUAGGACAUGGUUUUCGCUUUGCACAGCCAUAAACUUUGUUCUGCUGCACUUACUUAACAUGUCAUUACAGGUCUGGUGUAUAUAUAUUUAUGUACGGUUUUCUGUAUCCAAUGAAAACAGAAAAUUUAAAUGUUUGCUAACUGUU